UCCAACGCAAUUACACGCAAGAGCCGAGCGCUGCGUGGAUAUUACACAAUCAGAUGAGGCGAUUUAUUUCUGGGUGAUAAAACACGCAAAACUCCUCUUCUUGUUUGCUUUGGUUUGCUUUAGUUUAUUUUUUCUUCUUCUUUUUUUGGACCGGAUUCAAACAGACGGGGAAACCAGGAAUGUUUCUUCCGGUUCCCAAGAGUGUAAAAACAAAACGGAAGCCGAGUUGCUACUUGUAGGUGUGCACCAGUGUGGUCUCUUCUUUCCUUUUCCGCUGCUUGUGCCUUGGUGAAGUGCCACGGGACACCACUCUGCCCUGUUUCCCCAGAGCUGUGGUGGACCUCUGAGUGCAUGUCUCAGUGCUCUGACUGCCCCCCCUCCUCCUCCACCACCCACCUCUCCUCAAGGACACACACUUGUGCAUAGCACCCACCUACCCGGCACCCACACCACCCCAGCCGCUAGCUGUUUCAGCAGGGGGAACUGUUGACGGUUGCUCCCUGUGGGCAGAAGAAUCAGGACUGACUAGGCAUCAACACUCACUGGUGUUCCUUCAGGGGGGGAGGGAGGGGAAAUAAGGCAGCCCAACACCACGCCGCUUUCCCUGGAGAUGAAGCUGCAGGCCGUCAUGGAGAACCUGCACCGGCAGCAGAGAGCCAAGCUGCUUAUGGAACUGGAGCAGCAGCAGCUACAGCAGCAAGCCGCCACCCAACAGACUCAGGCCCGCACCGGAGGAGGAGAUGGUGGUGGAGGAGGAGGGGCAGAUGAGGUGAUGGGGAGCCCCACCCCCGAGGCAGAGCAUGCUCAGAUGGCGGCACUGGCGGCCAUGCGUGCCGUGGCGGCCGGGCUGCAGAGGACAUCAGACAGCCCCAUGUCGGAGCGCAGUAGUGGUGGCGAGGAGGAGGAGGAGGAUGAUGAUGAGGAAGGAGAGGAGCGUUACAAGGACAUGAUGGGCUCCGAGGAGGAGGAGCAGAUCAAACAGAAAUGGGAUGAGGACGACUUUGAGGGUGAGAUGGAGGAGGACUUUGAUGAUGAUCUGGCAGAGGAGGGCCUGCCGACCAGCCGUGACGCUGUGGCCCCUGGCAAGGGCAUCCUCCUGUUGCCCCACCGCCAGCUGCACCCCCACUCCCAGCUGCUGAAGGCCAGGCCCUGCGUGGAUCAGGAGCCCCGUGUAGCCAUCCUGCCACCCCACGCCACACACAGCCAGCUGGGUGGCCAGGACCAUGGAGACUGGACAUAUGAAGAGCAGUUCAGACAGCUGUAUGAACUGGAUGGGGACCCAAAGAGAAAAGAGUUUCUGGAUGACCUCUUCAGCUUCAUGCAAAAAAGAGGCACUCCGGUGAAUCGUAUUCCCAUCAUGGCCAAGCAGGUCCUGGAUCUGUACAUGCUGUACCAGCUGGUGACAGAGAAAGGCGGCCUGGUGGAGGUCAUCAACAAGAAAUUGUGGAGGGAAAUCACCAAGGGACUCAACCUGCCUACCUCAAUCACCAGCGCAGCCUUCACCCUCCGCACACAAUACAUGAAGUACCUGUACCCGUACGAGUGUGAUAAGAGGGGCCUCAGCAACCCCAACGAGCUCCAGGCAGCCAUCGACAGCAACCGACGGGAAGGCCGGCGACAGAGCUUUGGCAGCUCCCUCUUCACCUAUUCCCCCAAUGGGACACCCACCAUGCUCUCCUCGCCCAAGCUCCCGCUGGCCAGUGUGGCCAUGCCAGUGGGCACCAAUGGGGCCUCUCUGGGCCCCAUCCAGAAGAUCAAGAAAGAAGAGGAGGGAGCACAGCCACUGUCAGGGGUUGGGAUGGGUCGCUUGCCGGCCCGUCCCUUGGCGAGUCACUCGGUGGCUGCGGUGCAGGCGGCAGCGGCCCAGGCAGCCAUGGCAGCUCAGGUGGCAGCGCUGGAGCAGCUGAGGGACAAACUUGAAGCUGGGGAGCCACCGGAGAAGAAGAUGGCGCUGCCAGCUGAAGAGCAGCACCGGCUCCUACAGAGAGCACUGCAGCAUAAUCUGCUCGCCAUGACUGCCCAGAUACCCAUGAACAUCCGCAUUAAUAACCAAGCAGACAGCAGACAGGACUCGGCCCUGAACCUUACCACCAAUGGCAUGAGCAGCAUCAGCAUGUCAGUGGAGCUCAACGGCGUGGUGUACACCGGUGUUCUUUUUGCUCAGGCAUCAGCAGGGUCAGCCUCGUCCGCCGCCUCCGGAUCAUCCAGCUCCACCAAGGCCCCCAGCGGCCGCAUCGCAUCUCAGCAGCAACACACACCUACCUCAUCCUCAGCUUCCAGCAACCCAUCGUCUUAACAAACCCCCCACCCCGCCCCACCCCUUCCCUUUAUUUUAUUUUUUUAUUACCAUGCUAACUAAAGCCAAAAACCAACCUCAUUUUCUACAGUCUAUGCCAAAAAAAAAACAAAAAAAAAACGACAACAAAAAAACAAACAUACAACAAACACACAAACUAGCUAAUUCAGACCACUUGAAGUACACUAUCUCAGGUUUUCUCUCACCAACUCACCUCUUUUGUUCUUCGUAGCCUAAAUGAUUUAGAAAAAAAAAGUAUAUCCCAACAGAGAGCCAGUAUAUGAUUUAAAAUAAAAAGCUGUAUGCACAACCUGUGAAUAAUUUAUUUCUACAUAAAUGUACAGUUUAUCGGAGAACAAAAGAAAGAUAAUAACUUGGAAGGAUAAUGCACUGUUUACACACUCAAACACAGCUACUGACUGACAGCGAUGUUUUUAUCCUCUAGGGGAUUUUUUUUUUUAUUUUAUUUUAUUUUACAGUAUCGUUGUUAUUAUUAUCAUUAUUGUUAUCCUCAUUAUUGUCGUUAUUAUCAUAAUUUUAAUCAUUAACAAUCCUCUUACUGCAGGACAAAAUAUAUAUUUAGGAUUCUAUAAAACAAAAAAAGAAAUUGUGAAUAUCUUCUAUUUUUAAUCAGAAAAGCUUUAAAACGUGUAUGCUGUUUCUUCAGGGCAUAUAACAAAGUACCGUUGUGACCUCAUUUUGUGUAAAACCUUUGGCCGGUGCAGCUGGAAAACAAAAUCGAAGCCCUCACUGAGAUCUUGUCUUUCCCGGCCGCACCUUGAGCUGGACACGCAGGACUGCAGAGCAUCAGCAGCGUCCGUUGAGCCUUCCUGCCGCCGCCUGUGGCGCAGAUUUGACGUGAAUACACUUUGUAAGAUUUGCUUCUCAGGUUUGUCCAUCCGCUUGCUAUGGAAUCAUCACUUUGUACAGGAUUCUUUUCAUUUUCUUUGCCACUCUGCACAGUGAUGACCGGCCCGCGCGCCUUCCAAAAAGAAAAAUUGACGCUGGCGAAUGAUCAAUCUUAGCUGCUUUCACCUGUUUCCCAAUCUGGCCUGUUUCUGGUGCAGCGAUGGCCUGUAGGUCGGAUGCUGUCUUGCAUGUCUGUAUUAGUAUAUCAGGACUGCAGCAGGAAAAACAGUGAUCCUCCUGACAGACAAGAAUAGCAGUCCACUAAAUUAUUGUUGCUGUGGAGACUCUCAGAAUGGACAAUCACCUGUCAGAGGAAGCCACAGCUCCUAAUCUGGCUGUUGUUUUUUUUCUAUCCUACCUUACAGAGAGUCUUUUGGGAGCUUUCCGUUCCAGCUUUGUGUUUGCAUGACUUAUUGCUUCUUCUGAUCCAAGUGCUCUUUAUCCUGUGCUGCGACAUGGACGCCGUCUUCCUCAUCUUGGCUCUAUGUCUAUCAAAGAUAAUACAAAGAAUGUCUUGUGAUCCUCUGGCUGUUUUUUUUUUUUAGAUGUUACUCAAUCGAGACUUUUGAUAUCGUGGGUUCAGAGGUAAUCCAUACCUGCACCUGAGUGCAUUCUUGUGUCUUAGAGUUUCUACGCUCACUCGCUGCAGUCCGAAUUUCUUUUUUGUAUUUAAUCUGCAGUGACACAGUGUCACUUUUGACACAUAUCUACAUUUUUGAAGUAGAUCAAUCAAGUCCUUUUUUUUUUUUUUUUUAACUCUAACCUGUGUUACCUCUCUAGACUUUUGGCUGUUUUAAAGAUUGUUACUCAAUCCUCUGUCUACACAAAGCAGUCCUGUUCCUACACAAGUUCAGGAAGUCAAUCAGGCUUUGUGACUAGGUUCCGUUUUGAAGCCUUAACAUAGCAUGAGAUGACAAGAGAGCCAACAGUACCUCCGUCACAUUGAUUUUACUCCUCCAGACCAAUAUCACCACAUGGGCGUUGUGCUCGUGAAAUGGCCACCAUACAAAUGCUGAUAAGUUUUGGCAAUGACUAGCAUAUUUUCAAUGCUAGUGGUUACUUUGGCAUGUAAUCAAACCUCAGUGUUCUUUGUCAAGCCUUGCUGGCUGGACAAACAGUACAAGUCGAUGUCUUCAGGUAAACUGGCAUGUAGACAAAAAUUCAACAGACAGACAACAGACAAAAAAAAAGUUUUGGGCCAUGGCUGUCUCACUCUUUCACUUAUGAGAAGGACAGAUUUGAGUCUUGGCUCUCAAAUGUCUCUCAGAGGCAGAGCUGCCCUGGACACUAAAAUAAUCUCAUUGGUUGAGUUAACCUGAAGUGGGAGGGGCCAACGUAUGUCCAUUUUUCUGAGAUCCAGUGGCAACCUGAAUGGCAAACGUGAACUCUGGUCAAAAUAUAAAUAAAAACGUUUUAUUCAUAGCCAAGACACCCAUUACAGGCUGGCUAUGAAUUUGAUGUAGCUAUAGGCUAGUAUAGCUAGUUUCACCUUGGCAGGUCAGCUAGGCUAAUUAGCUAAAGUACAUGACUAGAUAUUUAUUUUCUGUUAGUAGCAAAUCACUGGACUUCAUAAUAUUAACUUCCUCUUAUCUUACCUCAUCUUUUUCACUGAACUUCAGUCUAAUGUUGCACAGCCAGAAAAACAGGGCUUCCUCGGCUCUGCCCGCUGAGGUUUCUUAAUUUCAAAGUCCACGUCGCAGCCUUUACAUAGGUGGAAGAGUGAGCACCUCUCUGCCUUUUUAUCCGCUGUCUUCACUCUUUUCUCCGUUCUGUCGACUUGGUUGUUGAUCAGUGCAGAAAUCACUGGGAUUUCAACCUUUGCCACUAACAGUAUUAGUGCCAUGCGUUACAUACUGAUCAUCUCUCCGCUCUGCUCAAGCUCAUUUGCGUUUUGGGGUCAUCUUACAUUUGCCCUCUCCGUCGUUUCUUCCAUGUAAUCAGAUGCAAGUGUAGACAAAGCAAAGAGAUGUUUUUUGCUUCAGUCCAUUCAGUUCAUUUGAUGGCACAAGGAAAGCUGAGAAGUUUUUUCUCCUUGUGUCUGUUUUUUUUUUUUUUUUUUUCACUCCAUGAGUAACAGAUGUCAUAGGCAGAGCCACUUAGUAGAACUGGCUGACAAUCAAAUUGAGACAUACUGAGGCUGAAAGGAUUGGUUGUUUGUGGGGGUGGGGGGUCACAAAGAAAAAUUCAAUCAAUUCUGAUCUACAGGGUCAGCACUUCUCUGUCAGAUUGACCCUGUGACCUUUCAGCCCCCAAGGCAACACUGAAGCACCUGCCCCCUUCAGUGGAUCCAUGUUUAUCGCAUAUCCAUCGACCGCUUCUCCCAGAUAUUUGCAUUUGAAAAGCGGAGGUACUGUAGCUCUCUGUCUCUCUCUCUCCCUCUCUCCCUCUCUCCCUCUCUCUCUCUCUCUGUCUCUUUGUGUACAUUCUGAAAGCAGAGUGCAUGAAGUGGUUUAGGAUGUACACAGCAGCAUCCUCAGGGAAGGCUGGCAUGUUUUUAACUGCAUGGUAGCGACAAUCAGAGGACGUUACGAUGAAACACUGUAUACCUCCGAACACUCGCAGAUCCCUUUGACCAGAACCAAGCCCUGCCCCGCUUCUACCUCAACCACUAAAGAAAGCCUCGGCAAAUUUAUUCCCAACAGCCACGACAGGGCAUGAGAAGAAAAAAAAAAAACUCAUAAUGAUAUAUUUUAUGCUGGUUCAUAAAGUCGUUGUUGUUGAUAUGAAAGAGAUUGUGACAACUGCAGACAAUCAGUAAUCAGCCAAAAUGCAAUUUCUCACUGCUAAUUGAUAAUCAUUUUAGAUGAGAAUUUGGCAUGGCUCCCUCCGCCUAAGGGAAAGCAGAGAUGCCAGAGUAGUUGGACUGACAUGUUCAAAGGCCGACUGCUGUGUUAAUGACUCCCCCUGCUGGAAUGUUUUGUUACAACGCACAAUCACAGAGCUUUGUUCUGUUUUUCUAAAUGGGUACCUGGUAGGGUUCGACCGACACUUGUGAUUGAUUGAAGGCUGAUGCCAAUAUUGUAAAGACUUAAAUCAUUGUAAGAUGAUAUUUUGUGACAAGAUUCAAUAUCCUCAAAUUUGACCAUUUUCAUGUAAAAAAAAAAAAAAAAAUGAAGUAUUUAGUGUUUUCCUGCAGAAUUUUUUUCCUA